AGACCUGCAUAAUAUAGAAAUUUAGCUAUUUUUCUUUCGGUUUAUUUCUUCGAGCAAUAUUUUGUUUCUGUGAUUAUGGCUACUGGGCAAGCACCACGCAACCCCAUUCCAGCUAUGAGAACAUACCCGCCGGUGGAGCAUCCAGUGGUGGUAAUAGGGCCACAGUACCUGGCACAGUACGCUGUUGACCUCGCCGUCAACAGAGAUUUUAAGGUGUCUGACAUUAAUGGCACCCUCAUCUUCGAGGUCAAGAGUAAACUAUUAAGCCCACGUCGUCGUUUUCUGAAAGAUGCAGCCGGAAACACCCUUGUCAAUCUCAGGCAUAAGAUAAACACCAUGCAUGGGAGGUGGGAGGCUUUUAGAGGAGAAAGCGAGGAGCAGAGUGAUUUGAUUUUCACAGCCAAGAAAUCAAAGAUGUUCCAAUUCAAGACUGAGUUAGACGUAUUCUUGGGUAAUAACAAAGGAGAGGUCCCUGAUUUCAAGGUCAAAGAAGGCAACAGCGAGAGUUCCUGCUCUAUACUUGUUGGAGAUUCCAAUACCAUGCUUGCACAGGUGCAUGGAAGACACACUCUCGCGAUUAUGCCUAAUGUUGAUUAUGCCUUCAUAGUGGCUCUUGUGGUGGUGAUUCUCAACGGGAACAAUGCGGAUGAUCAUACGGACGCGGCCAACACUGGCCUUAAGGUUGUUAACGCUUUUAUCGAAGGAAUUGGUUCGUCGGCGUAAAAAACACACUCCAUAGGUAAAAGUCACCAACAGAAACUGUUUGUCGGCAUUUAGAUAGUUGGUAAUUUCCUUUUUUAUCGCUAAUUCUGUCUGUAAAAAAAAUAAACACUAACAGUUAUUUGGACAGAAAAAGCGCGUUAAAAUUUUUUUUAUUAGAAAUAUACAGACGGAAUAAUUCAGUCUCUAUUUCCAACGGUAACUCACAAACAGAAAAGUUUUGUCAGUGAAUAUGGCAUAGACAGUAAAUAUUUUACAA